GUAGAGUGAUAUUUCCCUCCAGCACAAUAGCCUCGGCACUCUGUCCUACAGGAGAAGCAAGAAAAAAGACAAUUUUCAGCUUGAUAUUUUGAGUGUUCAGCAUGGACUCAGUCUUUUCUCUAAUUGGCUCUUAUGUUGAUUUCAAAAAUCUCCUGCUCUUCACAGUAGUUUUCGUCCUUGCUGCAGAUUAUGUUAAGUACCAUCGGCCGCUCGGCUUCCCUCCAGGACCUUUGGCUCUUCCAAUUCUGGGCAACAUCUUUACUGUUGACCACAGCAGGACCCAUGAAACGCUGACGCAGUUAGCAGGGAAAUAUGGAGACGUGUACAGCCUACGAUCAGGCCCAAAGUGGUUCGUUGUGCUAAAUGGGACUGACGUUAUAAAAGAAGCUCUCGUAACACAGGGAGACAGCCUGGCAGACCGACCACACAUUGCUUUACCAGUGGACAUAUCAAAUGGACUAGGUGUGAUUUUCAAUAGUGGACACAACUGGAGGCAGCAGAGGCGAUUUGCACUUUCAACCCUCAGAUAUUUUGGAUUUGGCAAGAAGUCACUUGAACCUGUCAUCCUGGAGGAAUUUACACAUUGUGCGGAAGAGUUCAGAAACUAUAAAGGUAAGCCAUUCAAUCCACACCUCAUCACCAACAACGCCGUCUCCAACAUCAUCUGCUCCCUGGUUUUUGGUCGUCGCUUUGAGUACAGUGAUGAGAAAUUCCGGAAACUGUUGCAGUAUUUUGACAAAAUAGUCCAGAUUCAAGCCUCCUUGAGUGCACAGCUCUACAAUGCGUUCACUGCACUCAUGAGAUAUGUGCCUGGUCCACAUCAGACAGUCAAGCGGAUCUGUCAAGAUGUGAAGGACUUUAUACGAGCAGAGCUGAAUGAGCACAAGCAGACCUUGGAUCCCUCAGAGCAAAGAGACUACAUAGACUGCUACCUGAAUGAGAUUGAGAUGAGUAAGGGGCAGGAUGACAACACAUUUGACGAGGAAAACCUAAUUAUGUGUGUUAUGGACUUGUUUGUGGCUGGCUCAGAAACUACAUCUUCCACCCUGCGCUGGGCGUUCCUCUACAUGGCAAAAUAUCCUGAGAUCCAGGAAAAGGUCCAGGCUGAGAUAGACAGAGUGAUUGGACAGUCCAGACAGCCAUCCAUGGAAGAUCGUGCAAACCUUCCCUACACAGAUGCUGUUCUCCACGAGAUCCAGAGGAUGGGCAACAUCGUUCCUCUCAGUCUGCCACAUUCCACCACCAGAGACGUCCAGCUGGGAGGCUACACCAUCCCAAAGGGAAUUAUGGUAUUUACCAAUCUGACCUCUGUGAUGUUCGACAAGAAUGAGUGGGAGACGCCCUUCACCUUCAACCCAGGACACUUUCUGAAUGAGGAGGGCAAAUUCAUGAAACCACCAGCUUUCAUCCCUUUCUCUGCUGGUAAGCGUCUGUGUCUCGGGGAGAAUCUGGCCAAGAUGGAGCUUUUCCUCUUCUUCACCUCCUUCAUGCAGCACUUCACCUUCUCCAUGCCUGCUGGGGUGAAACCUUCAAUGGAGUAUCGCUUUGGCAUCACUCUGGCCCCGAAGGAAUAUGAAAUAUGUGUAACCUCACGUGUAGGAGAGCAGUAAAUUUUUUUCCAGCAUCACCACUAACAUUUCUUUAACUCUUUUGGCAUUUAGAGAACAUUAGAGACUUUAAUCAUCUUCCAAAUAUCAUUGACUGCAUAUCAGAAUAUAGUUGAAAUCACAUUUUCCAUCAUCUUCUUUGCUCUUUUCUUCACUUAUUUCUAUUACAAUUUUCAUUCUAUUCUGGUCAUUUUGGUGUCGUUCACAAGUUUCCUCUCAAUGCCUUUAAUCUGAUUGUCAUAAGGUUCCAUGACUUUGCCUUCCUUUACAUAAGUAAUGACAUUUCCACAAUGAAUUCAUGGUCAAUAUUGUCUGGCUUUUUUAACAAGAGUUUACAAAAAGAUUAUUUCAUCACAGUGUAAUGUUCUACAAAUGCUUCAAGGAUAAAAUGAAAAUAUCUGUUGUCUAAGAAAUGUAAAAGUAGAUAAAAAAAUAUAUAAAUUAAUUUUCUCUUUAUUGUAUCCCACUGGGCACUUUGAUAAAAAUUUACCGCUUA